AAGCCACCGUUUGCUUCCUUUUUCAAUGAUUCUCUACUUUUUAUUCAGAGAUUCCAACACCCUUUUUACUUAUAUAUUUAUAAAGAGAGUAAAAAAGAGAAGAAAGACUCAUUUGUUUACUAGUUUAUUAUGGAGGAUGGGCAUGUAUCAACUUCUUCAAGAAAUGAGGACAAUGAAACAGUACCCAGCAACAAUAAUAAUAAUAAUGUGGAAAUUUCAAUAGCAACUGCCUCUUCAAUGUUUCCUGGUUUCAGGUUUUCUCCAACGGAUGAAGAACUUAUAUCGUAUUACUUGAAGAAGAAACUUGAGGGGUCUGAUAAGUGUGUUGAGGUUAUUUCUGAGGUUGAGAUUUGGAAACAUGAACCUUGGGAUUUAUCAGCUAAAUCCGUCAUUCAAUCAGAUAAUGAAUGGUUCUUCUUUUCUCCUCGUGGAAGGAAGUACCCAAACGGAUCGCAAAGUAAAAGGGCAACUGAAUCUGGUUACUGGAAGGCCACAGGAAAAGAACGUAAUGUGAAGUCCGGUGCGAAUAUCAUUGGCACAAAGAGAACGCUGGUGUUCCACACUGGUCGGGCACCUAAAGGACAGAGAACACAUUGGAUAAUGCAUGAAUAUUGCAUGAGUGGGAACAUUAAUUAUCAGGAUUCUAUGGUUGUCUGUCGUCUCCGGAAGAAUAGCGAGUUUCAUUUGAAUGACAACCCAGGAAAUCAGAGGAAUCAACUGGCUGCUACUGAUACUGCAACUGCUCUGUCUGGAGCAGGACAAUUAGACUGCUUGGAAUUGGUCAAUGUAGGGGAUUGCUGUUCAAAGGAGGGUAGCAGCAGUUUCACUUUUCAUUCGGUUGAGCAAAUCGGCCCUAGAUCGGAAUCUGAUCAACCAACUAAAGAGUUCUCUGAGCACGAUUCCUCUGGCCAAUUCAAGGAUUGUGAUGGUGAAGAGGACUGGUUUUCUGAUAUAAUGAAAGAUGAUAUCAUUACGCUAGAUGAUUCUUCACUUAAUGCCAGACCUAUUUCCAUGGUCCACAGCAGGCCUGAAUCUUCGGAAAUAUCACCGCAUGAAGCUCAAGCUGCGACGUCCUCUGUGUUCCCUUUCCAGGGCACUGCAAACCGAAGACUCAGACUAGUAAGAGAAAUUGUAGCAGGGUGUCGAGUAGAGGGAUCCAAAACGUACGAAGCUACCAAGACCAAGAGGAAUAAAUUCGGAGUGGGCACAACUAGUUCAGCAAGAUGGUUGAGAAACAUAUUUUCAGUUAAAAGGAUGAAGCAAAAUGUGAUACCUAUAUUUCUGGUUACCUUGAUAUUACUGGUCAUGCUUCUUAGUUUGUUGGAAGUCUCACAGCAGGUGGCAUAGGCGUCUUCUCGUUGCGAGCAGCUGAAGUUAAUACCAUACUGGUAUGUUGUCUUAGUGAUAUUCUGAGUGGAGAUUGAAGAUAAUGGAAUGUUGGUAUGUGAAAAUGAAUGAAUGGCUGCUCUAUGUUUGUGUUUGAGCUUAUUACUAAAUUGUUGUGUAGCAAAAAUGUACAGGGUGAUUCUUAUAACAAUAUACAACCAUUUAUUUAUCAACCUGGAUGCAUAAUUGCCUACAUUUUCUUUUGAAUUGUUGAGAAUCGUGGUUUUAUAUGCCCUUGGAUAA